AUGGCGGUACUCAUCGAUCUGUUUUUUACAGGAAAAACGAUUCAAGUCAUAUGUCUCAUCAUGUAUCUGUACAAAGAGAAGGGACGUCACCCAUUCAUCAUAGUUGCCCCCAAGUCCACGACAGCCGGAUGGGUCAGGGAAUUUAAAAGAUGGGCUCACGAAUUGGUGGUGGUUGAAUUUCACGGGGAAGGGGACUCUUGUCAGUUAAUCGCUGACUACGAAUUAUUUCCCGACAACGACAACUUGAAAUGUCAUGUGGUCGUCACAACGGCUGAAGCGAUUGCAUUUUACCCUUCAUUGUUUUCAAGGGUUUCCUUAUGGGAAGUAUUAAUUGUAGACGAAGCUCACAGUUUGAAGGCAGGAGAAACAACUCAAUUAUUCAGAAAUCUAAAUAAAAGAAUAAAUGUUUACUUUAAAGUGUUACUCACUGGAACUCCAUUGAUGAAUAAAAUUGAUGAACUCUUUAAUUUGCUAAAUUUCCUCGGACACAAAGAAUUCUCGGAUCCCAAGAAGUUGGCGGAAGAGUAUCAGGGAUUGCCCUCGGCGGAGCAGUUACCCGCGUUGCACAAAUUACUCAAACGUUACUUCCUGAGGCGUACGAAGAGUCAAGUGGACUUGGGCCUUCCUCCCAUGGACGAUGUCAUUGUGCGUGUUAGCAUGACGCCGAUUCAAAAGAGAAUCUACAAAGAAACCUUUGAGAAAAAUGCUGAAUUCUUACGACAAGUCGCAAAGUCCCGCAAACAAGAGAACCUGAGCGAUGAAGAACGGCAGAAAAUGUUGGUUGAAUCCAGUGGAAAACUCAUCCUUCUGAAAGACAUGCUGAAGAAAUUACAUGAAACCGGUCAUAAAGUGCUCAUAUUUUCUCAGUUUCUGGAUAUGUUGUCCAUACUGGAGGAAUUUUGUGAAGAUAAUAAUUAUUUUUACACAAAACUUGAUGGGUCAACGUCUCACGAAGUAAGACAAAAAAAUAUUUCCGCUUUUCAAGCGCCAGACUCGAAAAUUUUCUUAUUUUUGCUUUCUACUCGGGCUGGCGGUGUUGGAUUGAAUUUAAGCAAGUAUAGUUCGGUCGAAUUGGCCGCGGAUACCGUUUUCAUCCUCGAUCCGGACUUCAAUCCUCACCAAGAUCUUCAAGCAUUGAGCCGAGUGCACAGGAUUGGUCAAACUAAGCCUGUAAAAGUGUUCCGAUUUGUAACGCAAUUUUCCGUUGAAGAGCGUAUUGUCGAGAAGGGUAAACUCAAACUGGCUAGAACUGAAUUGGUGGUAGAGAAAAUGGACGACGAAGUCCUUGAUAUUGAUGAAGUAGAUGACAUUAUUCGCUGCGGUGUUCAAGCUUUGUUCAGCGAAAAUCCAAAUGAGAAACCAGUAGGGAAUUAUACCGAAGAGGCUAUUGAAAAACUAUUAGAUCGAAGUCAGAUGAAAGUCGAAAAGGAGGCCCCCGAUGCAAAUAGCUUGACCGGCUUCGCUUUCGCCAGAGUUUGGGAUAGCGAAAAUCAAAUAAUUGUCAAUGAAGAAAUAAGGAUUGAAAAUAGGGUCGAGGGUUCCGAAGCAAAAGAUUUUUGGGUGAAACUCCUCGCUCACGUUGAUACUGCGUCAAAAACUGAGGAACACCUUCUUGGAAAGGGCGCAAGAAAUCGAAAGAAGAUUGAUUAUUAUGAAGGAGACCAUAACACACCCAGAAAACCGAGGGGAAAGAAGAAAAUCACUUUGGAUCCAGACUUUGUUCCGGUUGAAGUUGUCGAAUCCCCUUCAUCUUCAUCUAGCAGCGAUGAUGCAGAAGAUAACAUGGAUCUCAGUUCUAAACAUUCUGGCGCUCCUUAUUCUUCCAAUCAGCAACCUCAAAAUCAGAACAUAUAUCCUAAUCUUAAUUCCGGAGAAACGACCAAACUUGAUAAUAAUUCGAGCAUAUCAGCCAACCUCAAUAAUUCGAGCAUAUCCGCCAACCUUAGUAGUCCGAGCAUAGCUGUGAACUUUAAUAACGCUAACAUAGCGGCCAACCAUAAAAGUUCAAACAUACCGACCAACCUCAUAAACCAGAGCAUAGCUACCAACCUCAAAAAUUCGAGCAUAACGGCCAUCAUCAAGAAUUCGGAUAGUCGGGCCUAUCCCGUCUCCGGCGAAUCCCCUUCCAACAUACCAGAUUCUAGCGAAAAUCUUGAAAAACAAGCCAAGUUGACAAACAUUUUACCCCGCCCGGUCGGAAUCGACGUUUCUCAAGC